GGGCGGACGGGUAGCUCCUAGUGUUUGUGCAUUUAGACUCUGAGUCUGACAUUAGUAUCCUUGAGAGCAAGAGGAAUUAGACUUGAAGAGACGCACAGACGCCAAACACACACCGUCAUCAUGCUGAUUCUGCUCGCUGCCAUUUUUGUCGUUCACAUUAUCGGCAUCAUCCUCCUCCUGGUGGCCACCAUCGACAAUGCCUGGUGGAUGACCGACACCAUAUCCACUGAUGUGUGGGCCCGCUGGAAUCUGAUGAACAACGUCUGGAACCUCACCGAUAUUCCCACUGGUUCCCACUAUCCUCAGGAUUACCUCCAGGCGGUGCAGGCCAGCUCGGUCCUGGCUUGUAUAUUCUCCAUCCUGGGCAUCUUCGUGUUCGUGGCUCAGCUCUUCACCCUCGAGAAAGGACAGAGGUUCACCAUCUCCGGCGUCUUCCAGCUCCUCGCCUGCCUGUGCAUCAUGAUCGCAGCCUCCAUCUACACAGACAUCUUCCACAAGGACGAGAACGAUGGCUGGUACGGCCACUGCUACAUCCUGGCGUGGAUCUCCUUCGCCCUCACGUUCAUCUCCUCAGUCACUUAUUUUGUGCUACGCAAGAAGACGGCAUGAGAAGGACACUAGAGCUAGCUCCAACCAGCCCCAAACCCUCCGCCUGGAUCUGCCCUGUCAGCUGAAAUCUGGUUUUUCGUCUCAGACGGUGUAAACAGUGUUUGCUUGUUUUUGGGCGUCAGAUUUGAGCUGCCAGUGUAAAUUCAGCCAUAGCCGACCUGUUGAUCCUCUCAAAUACAUCCGAGUGUUUAAUUGAGCCUGCAGCCAAAGGCAAACUCAAUCAAGCACACCUGUAUUUGAGCGCAUUUUCAGAGUUUGGGCUCGAUUUUUUUAAGGCAUCUAAGAAUAAAAAAUAGUUUUUGUUGUUAACGGAACAAAGUUUGCCUUAAGAUAUAAUGAUAAAUUAAAAUCUAUCGAGAUUUCUGGCUUAUAACAAAGGCAAGCUCAGGAGUAAAAUCUGUGGUCUUUAUUUUUUGUUUUAUUGUACAUUUACUUAUGGAUAUGAGUGUUGGAUGAAAAGGGUUGAGUUUAUGAUUUUAGUUAAUUUUAUUGUUAGAUCAUGGAUAUUAUUUCAUUUAUCUGCUCUGGUCUUACUCUAUAUAACUUGCCACUAAUUAAAGCGAGUGUAACUACAACGUGACGGUAAAGCUGUGCCCGUUUGAAGUCGUACAAGAAUCCAUUCGUGCGUCACCUGUUGUAGAUUUGUGUGUGAUCUGACGGUGUGAUGAUUUAAAAUUUAACAUCGGAAAAGUAAUACAGCUGAGUUUUGUAAUUAUCUGUGAUUGGGGAGACAUCAGACUGAGCAACGCCAAACCAAAGCAAACUCUGACACAACAUUAAAAUAUUAACUGCUGAUAAAAAUAAAAAAAUAAGUCAAAGUAAGAAAGCAAUCAUUUUCAUUUUGCAGAAACACACAGUUACACUAACCUGAUACACAAUAAAACUUGCUAUUUUACGUCAAUCCACUAAUCAAAUAUCUGUAAAUCCGACCAUAUUACCGAUCAUAUCUGCUCUGUUUCCGCCCGUGUGACAGAGAGGCGUCUUCCUCGACUCUGAAAGCGUGAGAUAUAAUGUGUAAAUAGGUUUCCCAUGAUGCUCUGUAUGUCUAAUGCUGUUUUAUUUUUGCUACUGUUAUUUCUCAUUAUGGAUGACGAUGAUUUUUACAACAUUAAAACUUGAUUUACAACCAA